AUUUUUGUCGAUCGAACUUGAGCUGUGAUUUAUCAAACGCAAUGGAAACGCUCUGCCCUUUCCUUCGAAACACGCUUAGCCUUGUCUUACUGAUGGUCUCCCUUCAGUCGUCCUGGGCGGCUCCUGCUCUGCGCUUCAGUGACAACGAACUGGAUGAACUGGCGGCCUAUCCCACAUCGCCCAGCCAAGUGCUGCCCAUCCAGCCGCUGCUCAUCUAUCCGCAGCAGCGAGCAAAUCUCUACCAGGCACGUACCCUGGGAGGAAACGACGACAGGGACAUUAUUUUCGUGAAGCUGCUGCAGGACAAGUCCAGCGGGUACCGGCCCAAGCAGCAGCGCCUCGUUGUGGAGGAGGAGAAACCCUCGCAGCGCAAGGAGCUGGGCCUGAAGGACUUCUUCUACGUGAAGGCCCGCACCAACGGGCGCUUCAGUCACGAGCGUCUGAAGGUCUACAGAGUGCCCGAGUUCUACGCCAUCAGUGUUUUCCGCAACGGAGAUACAUAAGUAGAGGGGUGCGAAUGCGCUGCACCUUAACGAUGCACAGCAGUAAUUUAAGUUAUUUUUAA